AUGUCCAAACUUGACAGUUACCAUGUCAUGAUAGUCUCAAAGUAUUUCACAACAAUAGAAGACCUUGUCAACAUUGAAUUUGUAUGCAAGAAAUACAAAGGCAACAUAGAGAAGUUUCAUUUCAACCCAAUUCCAUUGAAUCACAAAACUAUCAAAUACUUUACAAACAUCGAGACACUUCACUUGUGGAAUUUGGAGGAUGAAAACUUUGGUAAUGAUUUUUAUGUUAAUAUUGAAAACUCUGAAACAACAGAAAAUAUCAACAAAAACAAAAUAGAUGAAAUAAAAAUCAAUUUUUAUAGAAUUGUUGUGUGGUUCAAUGUUGAUUAUACAACAGUUGACAUAAACAGUAAUAAAAACAUCGAAUUUAAGAAUGUUACUUAUACCAAUAAUGAUAGAAAUAAAUAUGGUAAUAAUUUACCACCAAAUGUGACAUCACUUGGUAAAUGGUGUUUUUAUAACUGUACAAAUUUAAGCAGUGUUGUGAUACCAUUGAGUGUCACAUCACUUGGUAAUGAAUGUUUUAAUGGAUGCAACAGUUUGAGUAAUGUGGUUAUACCAUCAAAAGUUAUAUCACUUGGUAUUGAAUGUUUUAUUUACUGCGGCAGUCUAGUCAACGUUACAAUAUCACCAAGUGUGAAAUCAAUUGGUGAUUUGUGUUUUAAUAGAUGUUGUAGGCUAGGAAGUGUGUUAAUACCAUCAAGUGUAACAUCAAUCGGUAACUCCUGUUUUAGUGAAUGUGAUCAUCUUACCAGUGUAGUUAUACCACAUUUUAUAAACGUUAUUAUUGGAAAUAGAUGCUUGUUUGGGUAUGAAACAUUGAGCAGUGUAGCAAUACCAACAAGUGUAAUUAUGAUCAACAAUAAAAAGUUAAACAACGAAUAUAAGUGUACUGAGUUUGAUAUACCAUCCCGUUUUACUUCAAUAAGUGACAACUGUUUUUAUGGAUGUGAUACUCUGAACAAAGUGACAAUACCAUCAAGUAUUAAAUCAAUGGGUAAGAGAUGUUUUUGGGAAUGUGGUAGUUUAAGCAGUGUAAUAAUACCACCAAGUGUUUUAUCAAUUGGUAAAGCCUGUUUUUGUCGAUGUUGCUUUUUGAAAAAUGUAGUUAUACUAUCGAGUGUUACAUCAAUACCAUAUUCAUGUUUUACUUCUUGUGAACGUCUGAGUAAUAUAGUAAUACCAUCAAGUGUAAAAUCAAUUGGAGAUUAUUCUUUUUGUGGAUGUAGCAGUCUUAUCAAUGUGACAAUACCGUCAAGUGUGACAUCACUUGGUAAGUGGUGUUUCGCUAGUUGUACGAAUUUGACCAGUGCAGAUAUACCAUCAACCGUGACAUCAUUUGGUAUGAAUUUUGUCUCUAUCCCAAGUGUCAAUGGCAACAUCAUCAAACAACAAGACUUCUUCUGCGACCUUCCAAUGGUUCUUGUCAAAAGAUCAACUUGCACAGCAAUACCACAAGCAACAACUUCGUCUGGGUUGAUGAUUUUGUUUGAAUAG